UUUGGCAUGAUACUUCAUUAUGUGACGUACGCAUGCCAUAUGAACAGUAAUACCGAAUAAACACGCCAAAUUGUAAAAGUACCCGAAAAUUUUCGUCUCACAUGGAAAAAUGCAAGUUAUCGACAGGACUCCGAAUCAAGCAUACAGUCGGGUGUGCACGUGGAUAAGCUCAAACGAUUUCACUGAACAAGACGCCGGGAAACCGGAAACAGAUGCCGCAACGUCGGUCUUCACUGGAAGCAAAGUCAGCAAUUUGACGUCCGUGUCCAGAAUGGACCCUUAUUCCAGCGUGAAAGUGGAGGAACGCACCGAUAUAGUGAGAUUCCCGGAUUUGGAUAAACCCGUCAGUUCCGAGGAAAAGUUCGCAGAAACCGUGAAAACAAUGAAGACCAAACCGCCAGUGCGACAGUUGACUAGGUUUUCGCAAUACUCACCGUUUUCAGCAACAAAUUUGAAAUCGGCAUCCGCCCCACCCACUCAGUUCUCUGUUAUAGUGGAAGGAGAGGAGUCAGAAAAGCCGUCGAAUAGCAACAAAAGUAACAAGACAAAAAAAACUGCGAGUUCAAAAGCGAAAGAGAGCGCGUUCAGUUACAAAACUGUGAGAAGCUUGAAAGUACCAAGUGUGCAGCCGAAAACGCCUGAAAGCCGUCCUAAAAAGUCCGUCGGCAUUGAUACAAGACAAGAAAAGGAGCUGAAAAAGAAAGUAGAUUGGGGCAGAAUUAGGACGGGACUGUUGCUUCGACUUUUCUUCAGAGGAUUUUCCGAAAUGACCGUAGUUACUGUGGUAUUGUUUCUUCUAGACGUAUUAGUGAACUCUGAGCAGUACGGGUAUCAAAACUAUAUUUUUAGUUCAUGA